UAAUCUUCAAUCACUUCAUCAGCCUUUCAAUCUUCUUCCCUCGCAAUUUUCUCUCUCCUCCUCCUUUUCCUCUACUCUUUCCACCAACAAUGGCGUCAACUCUCUUAUCACCAACAUUCCAGAUUACAGCAAUCAAUCGCAAUUUCCGCACCUUCUUGGCCCCACAUCCCUCUUAUGCAUACCCUAACAACUUUCUACUUCAUAAGUAUACUAUUAAUGGAAAGUCAAAGCUGGAUUCUUCACUAUCAGUUGCAUGCUCGUACAAUUCCAAAAAUGGAACUCCGCAACCGAAGGGAGAUGGAUUGGACUGGCCAAUUUUGAAGCGUUGGGAUGUUCCUUGGCCAUGGCAAACCAUUUCGCUUACCUCGCUUGCUUGUGGAUUAAGUUUUGUGCUGACAGGUUUGAUAGAGAAUCAAGCAUUGCCAUAUCUUGGAAUUAACGUUGUGGAUUUGUCAUUAGAUGAAAAGGCAGAACUACUGUUUCUGGAUCAAGGCAUAACAACAGCAGCUGUGUUAGGAAUCCUUUUUAGUCUUACCAAGUCCUUUCAGCCACUUCCCGACGACCUCUACCGAUAUGAUUUGAGGGAACCAUUCAAUUUACGGAAAGGAUGGCUGUUAUGGGCUGGGAUUGGUUUUGCUGGGGCUCUUGGAGCCAUUGCUUUGACAGGAGUAGCCCUGUCCUUCUUUAGCGGCGAGACACCACAAAGAGAGACCGAUGCUCUGGUUCGCUUGAUGCCAUUGAUUGGGUCAUCAGAAGUCAGCACACUCUGCUUGUUGGGAAUCACUGGAGUUCUUGCUCCGUUACUUGAAGAAACAGUAUUUCGAGGAUUUUUUAUGGCAUCCAUGACAAAAUGGGUUCCGACUCCAGUAGCUGUGGUAAUUAGUGCUGCUGUCUUUGCGCUUGCUCAUCUGACUCCUGGAGAAUUCCCACAAUUGUUUGUUCUCGGUACUGCUUUGGGUUUAUCAUAUGCUCAAACUCGCAACUUGCUGACUCCCAUCACAAUUCAUGCUCUUUGGAAUUCUGGCGUAAUCCUGCUCCUUACAUUCCUCCAGAUCCAGGGCUAUGAUAUCAAAGAACUGUUGCAGUAGGGAAACAGAUCAACUAUACCAUGACUUUAAAGCCAAUUCCAACCUCAACUCACGAUGCCCUAGUUUUUCGAUCUGUGGGUUCAACAUGUUUCUUAGAUCCUGUUAUGUUGUGAGACUAUUAGGCAGCCACUAUUUUUAUUCAAGCUACAAUCUGUAAAUGGACAAGUAGAUACUGCAAUGAAGUCGGGGUUUACAUGAAAUUUUCAUGGUGGUAGCCACAUAUUUUGCUCUUUUGAUGUAAUGCUAUGAGUCUAUGACAUAUUGACAUGGGAUUAUCAGUUAUGAACUUUAAUCAGAGUUUAUAUUUUACCUA